AUGAUGUUGUUCUUAGCAACUUUUGUUGUUCUGUUAUAUGUUCCACUCUCCACUUCAAUUCCAAUUGAAAAGACUUUCAAUAAUUGUUUAUCACUUCAUUCAAAAACUCCAAACCAAUUUCCAUCUGCAAUCUACACCUCUACCAAUACUUCCUACACUUCAAUCCUUGAAUCCACUGCUCAAAAUCUAAGGUACCUGUUGCCUUCGGUACCGAAACCAGUUUUCAUAUUCACUCCAUUCCAUGACUCACAAGUUCAAGCAGCUGUGAUAUGUGCAAAACAGCACGGUAUUCAUAUGAGAGUGCGCAGCGGCGGGCACGAUUACGAAGGACUUUCCUUCGUUUCUCUUUUCGAGAGACCGUUCAUGAUCUUAGAUUUGGUUAAACUGCGCAAAAUCAAUGUCGAUAUUCCACAUAACACAGCUUGGAUUCAAUCCGGUGCAACUAUUGGUGAAGUCUAUUACAGAAUUUCAGAGAAAAGUGCUGUCCAUGGUUUCCCUGCAGGCCUUUGUACAUCCUUAGGUAUAGGCGGCCACAUUACCGGAGGUGCUUAUGGUUCUAUGAUGAGAAAGUACGGCCUUGGUGUUGACAACGUCGUUGACGCUCGAAUUGUCGACGUUAAUGGAAAAAUUCUUGACAGAAAACAAAUGGGAGAAGAGCUGUUUUGGGCUAUAAGAGGAGGUGGAGGAGGAAACUUUGGAGUUAUUCUCUGGUGGAAGAUCAAGUUAGUUCCUGUACCACAAACUGUGACGGUUUUCACUGUAACAAAAAGCCUAGAACAAGGAGGAAACAAACUUCUCCAUAGAUGGCAACAAGUAGCACCGAAUAUCAAUGAGAAUCUCUUCAUCAGAGUCAUAAUUCAGCCAGGAAAUAGUACUGUGCCAGGUCAAAGAACAGUAACUACUUCUUACAAUGCUCAAUUUCUUGGUGAAGCGAAUAAACUUCUCAGAGUUAUGAAACACAGUUUUCCAGAAUUAGGUUUAACAAGAAAGGAUUGUUUGGAAACUAGUUGGAUCAAAUCGGUUCUUUAUAUAGCUGGAUAUCCAAAUGGAACACCUCCAGAAGUUCUGCUCCAAGGAAAACCAACAUCCAAGGCUUACUUCAAAGCAAAAUCAGAUUUUGUCAGACAAGUGAUUCCAGAAACUGACCUCAAUUCCCUAUGGAAGAUUUUUCUUCAAGAGGAUGGGCCUUUAAUGAUAUGGAACCCCUAUGGAGGAAUGAUGAGUAGGGUUGCAGAAUCAGCAACACCUUUCCCUCACAGAAAGGGGACACUUUACAAAAUUCAGUACUUAACAGGAUGGAUUGAUGGAGAAAAGAAUAUGGCAAAACAUAUGAGGUGGAUGAGGAAGUUUUACGCAUUUAUGACACCUUAUGCAUCAAAAUAUCCAAGGGAAAACUAUGUGAAUUAUAGAGAUUUGGAUAUAGGGAUGAACAAGAAGAAUAGUACAAGCAUUUCACUUGCUUCCUCUUGGGGUUAUAGGUAUUUUAAGGGUAAUUUCAAUAGGUUAGUAAUGGUGAAAACUGAAGUUGAUCCAUCUAAUUUCUUUAGGCAUGAGCAGAGUAUCCCUCCACUGCCAAUUGGUAAGUAA